CAGAAAUAGCGGUAGAUUGAUACGUACAAAGCCACUGUGCAACAAGGCCUGCUACCUCGGGUACGUCGGUGAGGUUACCGUAUUCCUACCUCAAACGUGUUGACAAGAUAACAGUGUUACUGGCCAGGUUCUCAUGAUGCAGAAUGUUCCAUUUCAAAAGGAAUUGUAAAGCUCACAGACUUCUUCUGUUCAUACAAGUGAACAUUUCAAGCAGAAAAGCCUGAUGCGCCAUUUCUUUGCAUCUCUACAGCUCAGCCGAAUUGCAGUGGAGAAAGCAAGGUAACCAUGGCGGAGGAGGAGGACGACUAUGCACCGCUGGAUAAAUCUGGACUUGUUGCAGGGAAGGUGGAUUGGAAAGGAAAAGCUGCUCGGAAGGAUAAGCAUGGCGGAAUUUACGCUUCUGCAAUGAUUCUAGGCGUUUUUGGAUUUGAAGGCGUUGUGAUAAUUUCUCUGGCGAGCAAUCUGGUGACGUACUUCAAUGGCGUGAUGCAUUUGGACAUGGCCGACGCCGCCAACCAGCUGUCCAACUUCAUGGGCACCAAUAACAUGCUCACCGUCCUCGUCGCCGUCGUCGCCGACGCCUACGUCGGCAGAUUCACUGCCAUUCUCGCCGCCGCCGCCGUCGAGUUCUUAGGAGUCGGACUGCUCGGACUUCAGGCGCACCUCCCCAGCCUAAAACCGCCGCCGCUCUGCGGCGGCGCCGAUCCUAACUCCGGCUGCGAACCGGUCGGCGGAGCUAACGCCGCCUUCCUGUUCACAGCACUUUACUUGGUGGCGCUCGGCUCCGGCGGCGUGAAGGCCGCCCUGCCUGCGCACGGCGCCGAUCAGUUCGACGAGAAUGAUCCGAUUGAGGCCACACAGAAAUCAAGCUACUUCAAUUGGAUACUGGUUUCCGCCAUGAUCGGAAAUUUGAUCGGCGUAACCGCCAUUGUUUACAUCCAGUACAACAGAGGUUGGGACGUGGCGUUCGGCGUCUGCGCACUGUCGAUGCUCGCCGGAAUCGGAAUUCUCGUCGCCGGACUUCCGUGGUACAGAAUCCACGCCGUUAAUGGCAGCAACGUUUUGCUAGAAAUCAUUAGUGUGUUCGUGGCCGCCAUUAACAACCGGAGGCUGAAGCUUCCCGACGACCCCAACAAAUUGCACGAGGCGAAGGAAGACGACGAGGAAGAACAUCUGCCUCACACCAACGCUUUCCCCUUCCUCGACAAGGCCGCCAUUAAAGGUUCGCCAUGGAAGCUCUGCACCGUCACGCAGGUGGAGAACGUGAAGAUCAUCUUAAACAUGGUGCCGGUGUUCGUCUGCACCGUCAUAAUGACUCUCUGUUUAUCUCAGCUACAAACCUUCUCCGUCCAGCAGGCGACCACCAUGAACCUAACCAUCGCCGCCGGCUUCAAAAUCCCGCCGGCGUCUCUUCCGGUGAUCCCCUUCAUCUCGCUCCUAAUCAUCACUCCAAUCUACGACCGCGUCCUCGUCCCUUACCUUCGGAAAGUCACCGGAAUUCCGACGGGGAUAUCCUAUCUCCAGCGCGUCGGGGUCGGCCUGUUUCUCGCCGUCGUGUCCAUGGCGGCCGCCGCCCUGGUGGAGGUAAAACGGCGGCGCGUGGCGUUUGAGAGCGGAUUGGUCGAUUCAGACCCUAAGCAGCAUCCGCUUCCGAUGAGCGUCUUCUGGCUGUCGUUUCAGUUCUUCGUGUUCGGCAUAGCCGAUCUGUUCACAUUUGUGGGGCUUAUGGAGUUCUUCUACUCCCAAGUCCCCGACGCCAUUAAAGCUGUCUCCGGGUGCUUCCUGUGGACAUCCAUGGCGCUCGGCUACUUCACGAGCACCAUUGUAGUGAAGGUUGUGAACCAGGCGACGAAGAAUUCGGGGAGGGGAAGGGGAUGGGUGGGCGGAAACAACAUUAACAGGAAUCGAUUGGAUCUGUUCUAUCUGCUGCUGGCGAUGAUCAGUUUCGUGAAUUUCUGUAUAUAUAUCCCGGUGGCGAAAAGGUAUGUGUACAGGAAAGAGAUCCGUACAGUUACAGUUACAGGCGGGAGGGAGAAGGAAGAAGGAGGUGAAGAAGCUUGAAGCCAUGGGAGAUCAAAAUUAAGUCCAUUAAUAUUAAUGCUAAGUAAUUUAUAUAAAUUUUUAAUAAUGUUUUGUUUUAUUGAUAUUAAAAUUUAGGGUCAAUAAUUUUUCUCAUAAAAUAUAAUAUU